AUGGGUAUCACAACCAGACUAGUUCAAUCAGUUCUUUAUUCAGAAAUGGUACUUUUUACACUUCUUAUUAUUCCUUUACCUAAAAAGUGUAAAAAGGCUGUAAUUAAUACUCUUUUUACCUCAAGGGUUUUCCGGCCACUUAUUCACCUGUUGUAUGUCGUUUAUGCCAUGAUUUUGAUUAUGUUUAUAGAUGCAGUUUUAAAGUUAAAUAUGAAUAUUCCUUAUGAUGUUGUGUACCAUACAGAAAGAAAUGUUUAUUUGACAGGGUUUACACUAUAUUUAUCGCUUAUUCUUAAAAUAUUUGUUAAUAUGUUAAACACACUUUAUAAAGAAGAAGAGGCAGUAAAUGUUCUUAAGAAGCAGAUUAAGAAUUCUCAAACAUACGUAGACACAAUAAUAAAUACUACGAAUGACAAAAAUGCAGAGAUUAAUGAACUUAAAGACAAUAUUAGAGAUUUGAAUAAAUUAAUAGUAAGUAAAGAUAUAGUAAUUAAACAGUAUAAAAAUAAUCAGAAAGAAUAUUUUGUAUUGUUAGAUAAAUAUAACAAUUUAUUAGAGAAGUCAAAAAAAGAGACAAAAAAGACAAAAUAA